CACUCUUUUAUCCAAGAAGCAAAGGGCAUUAGCAUCCUUGAGCAUAUCCAGGGACAGGAGGAGAAUUUCAGUUUCUGUAUCUCUGUGAAGCAUCCCUGCUUCAACAGACGGUACAGGAAAACUUUAAUAGAAAAGAGCUAGGACUAGGUGGGCAUCUGGGAGACUACAUUCUCCAGCAUGCAUUGCUCCUCCUCGGCGCAGAGAGGGAUGGACACAAUCACGUUGCUUUUGCGACAGGAAUGGGCGGGGCGAGCGACUACAAAACCCAGGAUGCGAAGACCCUCAACUUUGGCCCGUGUCUGGAGCUUUCUGAUGGCUGGUGCUCCUUGCUAAAGAGACCCCAGGGUGGACAGUGCUUCCGCUGAGAACCCGCGCAGCCUCUCGGACCGCGGCAUUUCGAAAGACGAAGGAAAGUAGAAUGAAGGCUGCAUCACCCUGUCUUUAAGUUAGUGUAGUUUGUGCUCAGGGUGGCAGCACGUUGCGGACUUCCUUCCGUAUGCAUUGUUUCUCGGAUGCAGUGACCAGCCAGUCCCCCAUAGGUCGAACACCUCGGAGGCAGAUGUUGGGAGCCCCAAAUCCAAGUUCUCAGUGUCUACUCAUUGGCUCUCCCACUUGGUGCGCAGGCGCUGGGGCUCGGACCCCCGUCCCUCAGGUCCCUAGUGAGCGGCAAUUGGCCUAAGCCCGCGAAAUCGGAGUCUGGAUUGGUAGUUGCUAGCAGGAGCCUGGUGUCUUCCUCGACUUCUGCGAGUGAUGGUGUGUGAUUGGUUUAAAUCCGCGGGUCCCUGCCAGCGAUUGGGCAGCGUUUGCGGCCGGCCCGCGGCCAUUGGCUGGCGCUAGGGCCGUCCCUCCACCGGGCGGGCAGCGAAUGAAGAAAUGGGAACGGGGAGGGGAAAGGCCGCGACGUGAGCGCGCGACCUCGGGCGCCAUUUUGUCGAGAAACAAGCGGAGUUAACCGAAGAGGGGGGUCGAGGAGAGCCGGAGUCGAGGACCCAGGAGUUUCCUGUGUCCAGCGCUGCCGGAGCCGCCCGAGGUGCCAUGUUUCAGAACAGAGUAAGACACUUGUUAAAGAAGAACUGAAGACAUUUUACAGAUAACAGAGAUAGUCUGAUUACAAAGAAGCAUUAACCUGCCUCUGAGGUGACUAAAGGGGAAUAAUGGUGAUUUUGCGCCGGGCUCGGCCGCCUGCUUCCGCCCCAACCAGCAAUGAAUCUUGACUCGCUCUCGCUGGCCUUGUCUCAAAUCAGCUACCUGGUGGACAAUUUAACCAAGAAAAACUACCGAGCCAGCCAGCAGGAAAUACAGCAUAUUGUGAAUCGGCACGGUCCUGAGGCAGACAGGCAUUUAUUACGCUGUCUAUUUUCACAUGUGGAUUUCAGUGGCGAUGGUAAAAGCAGUGGCAAAGAUUUCCAUCAGACACAGUUUCUGAUUCAGGAGUGUGCCUCGCUGAUUACAAAGCCAAAUUUUAUCUCGACGUUGUCAUAUGCCAUUGAUAAUCCAUUGCACUACCAGAAGAGUUUAAAGCCUGCACCCCAUUUAUUUGCCCAGCUGAGUAAAGUUCUCAAGUUAAGUAAAGUACAAGAGGUCAUUUUUGGUCUUGCCCUUUUGAAUUCUUCUAGCUCAGAUCUCAGGGGUUUUGCUGCCCAGUUUAUCAAACAGAAGCUUCCAGAUCUUCUGCGUUCUUACAUAGACGCAGACGUCAGUGGAAAUCAAGAAGGUGGCUUCCAAGAUAUAGCAAUAGAGGUCCUACAUCUCCUACUCUCCCAUCUCCUCUUUGGGCAGAAGGGAGCCUUUGGAGUUGGACAGGAACAGAUAGACGCUUUCCUCAAGACACUGCGCAGAGAUUUUCCCCAAGAGCGUUGUCCUGUGGUGCUUGCACCACUUUUAUACCCUGAAAAACGGGACAUUCUAAUGGACAGGAUCUUGCCUGAUUCUGGAGGGGUAGCUAAAACCAUGAUGGAGAGCUCUCUGGCUGAUUUCAUGCAAGAAGUAGGCUAUGGCUUUUGUGCAAGUAUUGAAGAAUGUCGCAAUAUAAUCAUGCAGUUUGGUGUUCGGGAGGUCACAGCUGCCCAGGUUGCCAGGGUUUUGGGAAUGAUGGCUCGAACUCAUUCAGGAUUAACAGAUGGUAUUCCAUUACAGAGCAUCUCUGCUCCUGGCAGUGGGAUCUGGAGUGAUGGAAAAGAUAAAAGUGAAGGCGCACAGGCACACACCUGGAAUGUAGAGGUUUUGAUUGAUGUUCUUAAAGAACUGAACCCGAGUUUGAAUUUCAAGGAAGUAACUUAUGAACUGGACCAUCCUGGAUUUCAAAUUCGUGACAGCAAAGGACUUCACAAUGUGGUUUAUGGUAUUCAGAGGGGCCUGGGCAUGGACGUGUUUCCAGUGGAUUUCAUAUAUCGGCCUUGGAAACAUGCAGAAGGCCAGCUCUCCUUCAUCCAGCAUUCCCUGAUAAACCCAGAGGUCUUCUGCUUUGCUGACUAUCCGUGUCAUACUGUUGCCACUGACAUUUUGAAAGCACCACCAGAGGAUGACAAUCGAGAAAUUGCCACAUGGAAAAGCUUGGAUUUGAUUGAAUCUCUGCUGAGGCUUGCAGAGGUUGGGCAGUAUGAACAAGUGAAACAGCUCUUCAGCUUCCCCAUCAAACACUGUCCAGACAUGUUGGUAUUGGCCUUACUUCAAAUCAACACCUCCUGGCACACCUUACGCCAUGAACUCAUUUCUACUUUGAUGCCAAUUUUCCUUGGAAACCAUCCUAACUCUGCCAUUAUUUUGCACUAUGCAUGGCAUGGUCAGGGACAGUCUCCAUCAAUUCGCCAACUUAUAAUGCACGCAAUGGCAGAAUGGUACAUGAGAGGGGAACAGUAUGAUCAGGCCAAAUUGUCUCGAAUACUUGACGUGGCCCAGGACUUGAAGGCCUUGUCAAUGCUGCUAAAUGGCACUCCAUUUGCCUUUGUUAUUGACCUUGCUGCACUUGCUUCCCGGCGGGAAUACCUCAAACUUGACAAGUGGCUAACAGAUAAAAUAAGAGAACAUGGGGAGCCUUUUAUACAAGCUUGCAUGACUUUUUUAAAGAGAAGGUGCCCUUCUAUUUUGGGCGGACUUGCCCCAGAGAAAGAUCAGCCCAAAAGUGCUCAACUUCCUGCUGAAACUCUAGCAACAAUGUUGGCUUGUCUACAGGCUUGUGCAGGGAGUGUUUCUCAGGAGUUAUCCGAGACCAUCCUCACCAUGGUAGCCAAUUGCAGUAACGUAAUGACUAAGGCCAGACAGCCACCACCUGGAGUGAUGCCAAAAGGUCGCCCUCCUAGUGCUAGCAGUCUGGAUGCCAUUUCUCCUGUUCAGAUUGACCCUCUUGCUGGAAUGGCAUCUCUUAGUAUAGGUGGUUCAGCUGCCCCUCACACCCAGAGUAUGCAGGGUUUUCCUCCAAAUUUGGGCUCUGCAUUCAGUACCCCUCAGUCACCAGCAAAAGCAUUUCCACCUCUCUCAACCCCAAAUCAAACAACGGCGUUCAGUGGUAUUGGAGGACUUUCAUCACAACUUCCAGGUGGUCUUGGCACAGGAAGCCUGACUGGUAUAGGAACUGGGGCUCUUGGACUUCCUGCAGUGAACAACGACCCUUUUGUACAGAGGAAACUGGGCACCUCUGGACUCAACCAGCCUACAUUCCAGCAGACCGACUUGUCUCAGGUGUGGCCAGAGGCCAAUCAACACUUCAGUAAAGAGAUAGAUGAUGAAGCAAACAGCUAUUUCCAGCGAAUAUAUAAUCACCCACCACAUCCAACCAUGUCUGUUGAUGAGGUACUAGAAAUGCUACAGAGAUUUAAAGACUCUACUAUAAAAAGGGAGCGAGAAGUAUUUAACUGUAUGCUGAGGAACUUGUUUGAAGAAUAUCGGUUUUUCCCCCAGUAUCCUGAUAAAGAAUUACAUAUAACAGCCUGCCUGUUUGGUGGCAUAAUUGAGAAAGGACUGGUCACUUACAUGGCAUUGGGUCUGGCCCUGAGAUACGUUCUUGAAGCCUUACGGAAGCCUUUUGGAUCAAAAAUGUAUUAUUUUGGUAUUGCUGCACUAGAUAGAUUUAAAAAUAGAUUGAAGGACUAUCCUCAGUAUUGUCAGCAUUUGGCUUCUAUUAGUCACUUUAUGCAGUUUCCACAUCAUUUGCAGGAGUACAUCGAAUAUGGACAGCAGUCUCGAGAUCCUCCUGUGAAAAUGCAGGGCUCUAUCACGACCCCUGGAAGUAUUGCACUGGCUCAGGCCCAGGCUCAGGCCCAGGUUCCAGCAAAAGCUCCUCUUGCGGGUCAGGUUAACACAAUGGUAACCACCUCAACAACCACCACUGUUGCUAAAACGGUUACAGUCACCAAGCCAACGGGAGUUAGCUUUAAGAAAGAUGUGCCACCUUCUAUAAAUACAACAAAUAUAGAUACAUUGCUUGUGGCCACAGAUCAAACUGAGAGGAUUGUUGAGCCCCCAGAAAAUAUCCAAGAGAAAAUUGCUUUUAUCUUCAACAAUCUCUCACAGUCAAAUAUGACCCAGAAGGUCGAAGAGCUUAAAGAAACUGUGAAGGAAGAAUUUAUGCCUUGGGUUUCUCAGUAUCUAGUUAUGAAAAGAGUCAGUAUUGAGCCAAACUUUCAUAGCCUGUAUUCAAACUUUCUUGACACAUUGAAAAAUCCAGAAUUUAACAAGAUGGUUCUGAAUGAGACCUACAGAAACAUUAAGGUGCUGCUGACCUCUGAUAAAGCUGCGGCCAAUUUCUCAGAUCGUUCUUUGCUGAAGAAUUUGGGACAUUGGCUGGGAAUGAUCACAUUAGCUAAAAAUAAGCCCAUCUUGCACACGGACUUGGAUGUGAAAUCUUUGCUGCUAGAGGCUUACGUUAAAGGACAACAAGAGUUGCUUUACGUAGUGCCCUUUGUUGCCAAAGUUCUAGAGUCCAGCAUUCGUAGUCUGGUUUUUAGACCACCAAACCCCUGGACAAUGGCAAUUAUGAAUGUAUUGGCUGAGCUGCACCAGGAACAUGACUUAAAGUUAAACUUGAAGUUUGAAAUUGAGGUGCUCUGUAAGAACCUUGCAUUAGACAUCAAUGAGCUCAAACCUGGAAACCUGCUGAAAGAUAAAGAUCGCCUGAAGAACUUGGAUGAACAACUCUCUGCUCCAAAGAAAGAUGUCAAACAGCCAGAAGAGCUUCCUGCAAUCACGACAACAACAACUUCAACAACACCAGCUACCAGUACUACGUGUACAGCCACAGUUCCACCACAGCCUCAGUACAGCUACCACGACAUCAAUGUCUAUUCUGGUACUCUAAGAGUGCUGCUAGUUCUUUUGCAUGAUUUCCCAGAGUUCCUUUGUGAUUACCAUUAUGGGUUCUGUGAUGUGAUCCCUCCUAAUUGUAUCCAGUUAAGAAAUUUGAUCCUGAGUGCCUUCCCAAGAAAUAUGAGGCUCCCAGACCCAUUCACUCCUAAUCUGAAGGUGGACAUGUUGAGUGAAAUUAACAUUGCACCUCGAAUCCUCACCAAUUUCACUGGAGUGAUGCCACCUCAGUUCAAAAAGGAUUUGGAUUCAUAUCUUAAAACUCGAUCUCCUGUCACUUUUCUGUCGGAUCUUCGCAGUAACCUACAGCACAUCCACAACAAGGGCAGCACGCCAUCAAUGAGCACCAUCACCCACUCGGCACACAUGGACAUCUUCCAGAAUCUGGCUGUGGACUUAGACACUGAGGGCCGGUAUCUCUUCUUAAAUGCCAUUGCAAACCAGCUGCGGUACCCCAACAGCCACACCCACUACUUCAGCUGCACCAUGCUCUACCUGUUCGCCGAGGCAAACACCGAGGCAAUCCAGGAACAGAUCACAAGGGUUCUCUUGGAACGGUUGAUUGUAAAUAGGCCGCAUCCUUGGGGUCUUCUUAUCACCUUCAUUGAGCUGAUUAAAAACCCAGCAUUUAAGUUCUGGAACCAUGAGUUUGUACACUGUGCCCCAGAGAUUGAAAAGUUGUUCCAGUCUGUUGCACAGUGCUGCAUGGGACAGAAGCAGGCUCAGCAAGUGAUGGAAGGGACUGGAGCCAGUUAGAUGAACUGUAGCCCUCCCCGGAGACGGCAGCCUUGGUCCCACUGAACCAAGAUGAUAAACUGAAGAGUCCUUUCAACUCCUCCUGACUUUCCCAGCCCUUUGGUUCUUGGGUGUCGGCCCCAUCAAUUGCUGGGGUUGUCCUCCUGUCUAUAUGGGCAAGUUCCAAAGUUUAAAUGCAUUUUUUUUUUGACUCUUGGCCAAAAUUUAGAAGAUGCUGUGAAUAUCAUUUUGAACUUGUGUAAAUAUAUGAAAGAGAAAA